AUGGCUACCCGCUCCAGGACAGCCUCUCAAGCCCAAUCCCCCUUUGAUCAGGGAUACAUGGAACCCGCACUUCCGCCAACCACCUCUGUUGAAUAUGGCAAGGUAUCCCUUGAACGAGUCACACAGCUCCUCCUUGGCCUCCUUGGCCAAGUCAAACGCCUUGAGCAAGAAAUUGCCAAGAUCAAGGAAGCUGGAAUCAAGACCCGGACAAACGUCAAAAACAUCUCCCAAACUGUCAAUGUUGUCAAGGAUGGGCUCAGGUCCCUUCAAUCCCAUGGUCCCCGCACACCCAAAGGACCCCAAGCCAAGGCUGUGGAAGAAACGCCACGCCCCCUACCAAAAACCAAGCCUAUUGGAUCGACUAGUGGGGUCCCCUUCUGGUCAGAAGCACCCAAGGUCCUCCCCGGUUUGGCCCAGCCAACCCCAAGAAGAGUCGCUCCCCCGCAAGUCCCAUCUCCCCCUACAUCUCUGCGUCUCCAAUCCCCGAUUGGAGCACCUGCCCCUCUCCCUCCGGCUCCAACAGCCCACUACCCCGCUCCGGUCAAGGUUGACCACCCCGAUGCCUACACAGGCAAAAUAGGAAGCGAGGCAAAACAGUGGCUAACCAGGAUGCUGGCCUGGACCCGCCUUAACUUGCGGAUGUUCCCGACCAAUCAGGAGGUCCUAUCCUUCCUCCUGAUGAACAUGAAGGACUCCGCCGGGGCAUGGGCCCAUCCACACCUUGACCAGCUUGGAUCACACCGGGCUAUCAUUCAAACGGUCAAGGGCUUCAAGCUGGAAUUCCUGGCAGCAUUUGGCAACCCUGACGCCACAAGGGCCGCUGAACGGAAGAUCACCACCCUAACCCAGUCCGGCACCUGCGCGGACUAUAUCACAAAGUUCAGGACCUUGGCCAUGGAACUGGACUGGAACAAUGCGGCCCUUCAAGGCCAGUUUGCCCGUGGCCUCCAUUGGGAGGUCAGCCGUCAAAUUGCAACCCGCAAACACCGUCCCCGUACCCUCUUAGAGCUGCAAAAUGCAGCACUUGUCAUCAAUAACGCCCUCCGUGAGGAGCGUGCUAGCCACCCACCAAAGGAUAGUAAGCCUAGCAGACCAACUAACCCCGCAAGGGGGACAAGUACCGGCCAGUCAAACACCGGUUCUAAGAAGCUCUCCGACGACCCAAACUUUGUGUCGGAAGAAGAACAAAACCGCCGCCGCACCGCCGGCGCUUGCAUCAAGUGCGGCAAAAUGGGUCACAAGUUUGCGGAAUGCCGCACGGGCUGGAAGGCCACCCCUAUUGAGGAAAAGGGGAAGGCCAAGGAAACCGCCAAGAUUGGCGAAUACUCCAAGUACCAGUCGGGAAAAGAAAUUUCCCCCCUGUUCACAAUUUCGAUUAAACCAGAGAAACAAGCGGAACACUUAGAAGUCCUGAUAGACUCAGGCGCCACAUUGUCAUUCCUUCACCCCCGUACUGCCAAGGCAUUACGCCUACCUCUCAUAGACCUUCCAACGCCCUGUACUGUUACCAUGCUCGAUGGGUCGAGCCCCCAGGCUGGCAAAAUCUGGAAAAAGGCAUCACUAACCUUUACCUUUGAUGGCAAGAAGAUGACGGAAACAUUCCUCAUAUGUAACACUGGAAACCACCCAGCCAUCCUAGGCCUAAAAUGGCUAGACGCCCAUAACCCGGAAAUAGAUUGGAACUUGCAAACCCUCUCAUUCCCUCACAGGCCCCCGGAACAUGUAGCCAUUGCCAAAGAGGAGGAAGCUGACAAGAAUCCCCUUGAAGGAGUACCCUCCAAGUACCACCAAUACGCAAAGGUAUUUGGAGAGGAAGAAUUCAAUAAACUCCCACCUCACAGGCAUUACAACAUUGGGAUAGAACUUACCAAAGAAGGCCCACUGAACUCCCCUUUGUACAGCAUGACUGACGCCGAGUCCACCACACUCAAGGACUGGCUCAGGGACGAGCUCAAAGCUGGAAAGAUCCGCCCCAGCAAGUCACCUAUUAGCUCCCCCGUUAUGUUUGUACCCAAAAAGGAUGGCUCCCGUUGUUUGGUUGUAGACUACCGCCGCCUCAAUAACCGGACCAAGAAGAACGUAUACCCCCUACCUUGUCCAGACAACCUCAUGGCCCAGCUCCGUGGCGCCAAGGUCUUCACCAAGUUAGAUCUAAGAUGGGGUUACAACAAUGUCCGCAUUAAAGAAGGUGACGAGUGGAAAACAGCGUUCCGAACCAAGUACGGCCUCUACGAGUCCCUGGUCAUGACCUUUGGCCUGACAAAUGCCCCAGCUGCCUUUCAGCAUUUCAUGAAUGAACUGUUCAAAGACUUACUGGACGUAUGCGUCAUCAUCUACCUUGAUGACAUCCUAAUUUACUCCAAGGAUGACGCAUCCCACACAAAGCACGUUCAUGAAGUCCUAAAGCGGUUAAUGGAUAACCAGUUAUUCUGCAAGGCAUCGAAAUGCACCUUUCACGUUACCUCUGUUGAAUACCUAGGGAUUAUUGUCUCCAAUAAGGGUUUUAGUCUGGAUAAGCUCAAAAUCCAGGCAAUACAAGAAUGGCUGGUGCCCACUAAAGUCAAGGAAGUUCAAUCAUUUCUGGGAUUUGCCAAUUUCCUUUGUCGCUUUGUUGCCAACUUUAGUCACAUGGCUAGGCCGCUACACAACCUAGUCAGGAAAGACACUCCCUGGAAAUGGGACAUCAAGGAACAAGAGGCCUUCCAGGGAUUAAAGGAUGCUAUUACCAACGCACCAGUACUAUGUCAUGCGGAUCCAUCCAAACCCUACUUCCUGGAAACAGACGCUUCAGGGGCAGCACUAGGCUCCGUACUCAGCCAGCGUCAGGAAGACGGCCGCCUUCAUCCACUAGGUUUCCUAUCUGAGUCAUUCAAGGGGGCCAAACAGAACUACGACACCCAUGACAAAGAACUGCUAGCUAUCAUCCGUUCCUUUGAGUAUUGGCGUAUCUUCUUGGAAGGGACUGCUCACCCUGUCACUGUGUUUACCAAUCACCGCAACCUGGAAUACUGGAAGGAGUCCCAAACAUUUAACCGUUGCCACGCUAGGUGGCACCUACUGUUAGCAGGCUAUAACUUCCAAAUUGUUUACCGCCCUGGGAAGCAAUUGGGGAAACCUGACGCCCUUUCACAACGCUCUGACCACGCCGACAUUCCACCCACUAACCAAACCAUGCUUCCCGACACCAUAUUUGCCAACGUAGCCUUAAUCACGCCGGAAAAGGAGUUGCAACGCCAGAUUGAAUCGUCACUCAAUCAAGACGAGUCUUUGGAAGAAAUCCUACAGUUCUUACAUAACCAGUCCAAAGCCCCGCCUUCCAUCAAACGCGCGUUUAAGGAUUACAAAAUGGAGGCAGGUCUACUGUUCUAUCAAGGACGCAUUGUAGUCCCUGAUGCGGGCUCUCUGAGAACGGAUCUACUCCGGAUAUUCCACAAUAGUCCCCUGGCAGGGCACCCUGGCAGACAACGCACCCUAGAACUAGUUUCGCGCAACUACUACUGGCCAGGCAUGCGAGCAGAUACAUACUGGCACGUGGACUCCUGUGAAACUUGCCAACGAAUCCGAAAGCCAAAAUACGCCUCCAUUCCCCCACAGCCACUUGAACUCCCAUCCAGACCAUGGCAACACGUCUCCUAUGACAUGAUUGUGGAUUUGCCUAGGGAUGGAAACAAUGACUCCAUCCUAGUCAUAGUGGAUAGCUUUACUAAAUACGGUAUCUUUGUUAAAUGCUCCAAAAAACUCAAGGCACCUGAACUUGCGGAGCUGUUCCUGGAACAUGUAUGGAAACGUCAUGGGAUGCCGGAAAAGACUAUAUUGGAUAGGGGCAGGGUUUUCAAUAACAAGUUCUUACGGGCCCUGUACAAGCAAUUAGGCAUUGAUCCUCACUUCUCCUCCGCCUAUCACCCCCAGAGCGACGGACAAACGGAACGGGUAAACCCCUCUAUUGAACAUUUUCUGAGGGCUUACUCCAGCAUCAAUCAAAGGGACUGGACGAGAUGGCUCCCAAUGGCGGAAUUUGCGUACAACAACGCCGUACAUAGCAGUACGGGGAAAACUCCGUUCAAAGCCUUAUAUGGAUGGGAACCUUCCCUAACCCCGUCCAACGUACCAACAGACGUCCCGGAAGCCAAUGAGCUAGCUCAGACAAUGGAAGCCCAGUGGAGGGAAGUAGGAGCGGCACUCCGGCAAUCUAAGACAAGAAUGACCGCCGGAGAAGAAGGAAGCCCAACCACAUUUGAAAUAGGAGAAGAAGUGUGGCUUGAUGCCAAAAACGUUAACCUCAAAACCUUGAGCCCCAAACUAUCAGAACAACGCUUGGGACCCUUCAAAGUUUCUGAGAGGAUCUCUGACCAAGCAUACCAACUUGAACUCCCCCCAACUAUGCGUAUCCACAAUGUCUUCUAUGUGGGGCUGUUAUCAAAGGUCAGAAAAGAUGACAAACGCGCCUUUGAGAAUCGCCCUCCUCCAGUCACUGUGGACAGAGAGGAAGAAUACAAAGUAGAAGGGAUAACAGACAUGGAAGAAAGAAACGGAAAAUGGUUCUUCAGAGUCAAAUGGAAGGGCUAUGGGUCAGAAGAAAAUACGUGGGAACCCCAGGAAAACCUCAAAAACGCGGGAAAAAUUUUGAGGAAGUUUGAAGAAGAAAUGAGAAAGAAGGCCCUUGGCGCUGCCAAGGCCCUUAGAGGGGGGGCAGUGUUGUAG